CUUGAGCCGAGCGGAAACAGAGGGAGAGAGCGACGUGACGCCGAGGAGUUGAUGCCUGGCUGUCAGACGGCCGUGUGCGUGUUAGAAGGUUUCUGCGUGUGGACACAGGGGGCAAAGUCUGCUGCCCGCUCUGGAUUUCCAGUCUAUCUGUGCGCCAGGACAGGCAGACGGGCUCCAGCAGAGACAGCAGCGCGUCAGCGGGCUGUGCGCAGACGCUCCGUGGUGGCGGGUACAUGCUGUCAUCACAGGUGCUCUCCUCCUGCCUGUUCCCACUCUGCCCGCCGGACCCGUCCGCCGGUGACCCGCCGGAAGCAUGGGGGGGAAUCUGGGCUGUCACCGCUCCAUCCCCAGGGACCCCACCGACCUCAGCCGCGGCAAGCGCAAGUUCAGCGCGGCGUGCAAUUUCAGCAACAUUCUGGUCAGCCAUGAGCGGCUCAACAUCAACACGGCCACCGAGGAGGAGCUCAUGACUCUGCCGGGAGUCAACCGCACGGUUGCGCAGAACAUCGUGGAGUACCGCGACUGCAUCGGCGGCUUCAAAAAGGUGGAGGACCUGGCGCUGGUGAGUGGCAUCGGAGCCACCAAGCUGGAGGCGAUCAAGCUGGAGAUCUGCGUCUCCUCCAGGACCAACUCGUCCCAGCAUUCGCCGUCGUCGCUGCGCAAAGACCUGGACCAUCCGCCCUGCACCGGGAUCAACAUCAACACGGCCACCGCGGCGCAGCUCAUGAGCCUCCGCGGUCUGACGGAGAAGAUAGUCAAGAACAUCAUCGCCUACAGGGCAGAGCACGGGCCGUUCAGGAGCAUCGAGGACUUGGUGAGGGUCCAGCAGAUCAACAGCUCCCUGCUGGACAAAAUCCGCUUUCAGGUGUACGUGGAGCGCUCCAGGGCGCCCUCCACCAACACCAACGGAGGACUGACCAGCACCACAAAGUCCCAGCCGAGCCCCACUUCUUUCAGUCUGAAAAGCGAAGAGCUGGACCUCCCUCCCGGUGGGCCGGCGCAGAUCAUCUCGGUGAGAGCGAACGUGGAGCCGCCGCUCGGGCUGCGGGACGGGAAGCCCGUGGUGCGCCUGGCGACGUGGAGCCUGCAGGGCUGCUCCUGCGAGAAGGCCAACAACCCGGGGGUCAGGGAGGUGGUGUGCAUGACCCUGCUGGAGAAUGACAUCAAGAUAUUGGCGGUACAGGACCUACUGGACCGGGAGGCUCUGGAUAAGUUCUGUGUGGAGUUAAACCAAGGAACUCUGGCCAGCGUACGGAAGUGGAAAUGGCCCCGAGGUGUGUGGAAAAGCAUCGUGUCUGAAAAGCCUACGGGACUCUCCAGCAGGGGAGUGAGCUUCUCUGGCUUUCUGUGGGACAGCUCAUCUGCCAUUGAUCUGAAGGAUGCUGUGGUCCUGGACCAUUCUGUCGCCAAUGGCAACGGAAAUCAUGCACACCCUCAGCUGUACCUGGCUCACUUUUUGGUUGGUUCUGUGGAGCUGACGGUGGUGAGCGUCCACAUGCAGAGCACGACCUCAGCAGGAGAGUCCAGCAGCAAAAACCACCAUUCAGACGAAGACAAGGGUCAGCACCUCUAUCCCAGCAUCCAGGAAACUCUCAAAGGGGAGAAGGAGUUGGUCGUCCUGGGAGACUUCGGCUCUUCUCCACAGAGCUCUGAGUUUGACAUACUGAGAAAGGAGAAGUUCUUUGCCCUGGUACCUUCCACCCAGUUUACCAACAUCAGCACCCGCUGCCCUCAGGGCACCCUCUGCCUGGAUAACAUCUGGAUCAGUCGCUCCCUCAAGAAGAUCUACUCGGGUCACUGCAUGGUAGUACGGGAGGGCUUGACUAAUCCCUGGAUCCCAGAUAACUGGUCGUGGGGAGGCGUGGCGUCAGAUCACUGUCCGGUGGUGGCUGAGUUUUACGCUGACCUGGCUCCCAAGGAGAUGAGCAGACCUGCCAUGGCAGUGGUGGACAGAGGAGACGUGAUGCCCAAACAUGAGCGAUGACAGUAGUCACGGUGAAGACGGUGAGCGGGCGGACCGUGUCAGCGGGACGUGGCCUGCAUGGAUCCUGCUGGAGCAGCGCUUCCCAACGAAUGUGAAGAAGUACAGAGAUGCCUUCUGAGUUUCAGUAUCUACUGUAGUAACUAAUAAGUCAUCAAGCCAUAAAGAUUUUCAAAUAUAUAUAGACUAUGUACUUUAAAGAGAAAUGUGCCAAACAUUUUCUAUGUGUAAAUAAAAUAAAGAGAAAUUAUUAGAUCUUU